AUGCCUUUCACCUCGCCAUCAUGGGUACCCCAAUUGCCAGAGAUACCCGACUCGAUUUCUCUGGAGCGAUUCAUGUUUGACGAACAUUAUGGUCGCUUCCCACUGGGAUACUCGAAGCCACCAUUUACCUGCGCAUUGUCUGGCCGGAGCUUCACGGCAUUGGAUAUGAAAGAGCGAGUUGAUCAUCUCUCCCGUGCACUUUGCGAAGAGUUUGGUUUCAAGCCGAACGAGGGCUCRGAAUGGGACAAGGUCGUGGCAGUCUUCAGCUUGAACCAGAUUGAUUACCUUACUCUCGGCUGGGCAGUUCACAGAAUCGGUGGAAUUUUGACCUGCGUCAAUGCGGCCUACAGUCCAUCUGAGCUGGAGUAUCAGAUGAACGAUUCUGGUGCGAAAGCCAUCUUCACCUGCUUGCCGCUGCUGCAAACUUGCAAGGAUGGCGUGAAGAAUUCUCAACUACCAAACGAUAAAAUCUACGUCCUGCCUCUGCCGGAGAAGAUCACAGGCGGUAUGUCCAAUCCCGGACACAAGACAAUCGACGACCUUAUCAAAGCUGGCUCGCAGCUUCCUCCAAUAAAACCAGCCGAUGAGAGCUGGAAACAGGGCGAUGGAAAGAAACGUUGUGCGUUUUUGUGCUACUCCUCAGGAACUUCUGGACUUCCCAAGGGUGUCAUGAUAUCACAUUACAACGUCAUCGCCAACACUCUGCAAAUCAACACCCACGAAAGUCCAGACAGGCAAGAGCUUUGCGAGGAGCACAAGAACAAACACUACACGGAGAAUGGACUCGGUCUCCUUCCGCUGUCACACAUCUAUGGGCUCAUUGUCAUCGCGCACAGCGGGCCUUACCGUGGCGAUGGUGUUAUCAUCCUUCCCAAGUAUGACUUCAACUGGCUUCUCUCGUCCAUCCAAAACUACAAGAUCAACAUGCUGUACCUGGUUCCACCCAUGAUCAUCCAUCUAACGAAGCAAAAGGAAGAGUGCAAGAAGUUCGACAUGUCGAGCGUUCGCGGAUGCUUUACCGGUGCAGCGCCUCUCGGAAAGGAGACGGCCGACGAACUUUCGCAGCAGUUUCCGAAGUGGGCGGUUCGACAAGGAUACGGUCUGACAGAGACUGCGACCGUUGUUUGUUCAACGUGGAAGAAUGAUAUCUGGUUUGGCAGCUCAGGAUCUCUCCUUCCAGGUAUCACUGCACGCGUUGUCACCGUGGAGGGCAACGAGAUCACAGGCUACGAUCAGCCUGGUGAGCUGUGGGUCAAGUCACCUUCGGUUGUUUUAGGCUAUUUGAACAACGACAAGGCCAACAGAGAAACCUUUGUUGAUGAGGCCGAUGGAAGGUAUAUGCGGACUGGCGAUGAGGCUGUGAUUGCGAAGAGCCAGAAUGGCCAUGAACACAUCUUCAUCGUAGACCGCAUCAAGGAGUUGAUCAAGACCAAAGGACACCAGGUAGCGCCAGCUGAAUUGGRGGCACAUCUCCUGACUCACGAGGCUGUCAACGAUGUUGUCGUUAUUGGAAUCCCGUCCGAAAGAGAGGGAGAGAUCCCCAAGGCGUUUGUUGUCAAGCAACCAGGCAGCAAGGGCGAUGACGAAAGUCUGAAGAGGGCCAUCGCGAAACACGUGGAAGACCACAAGACCAAMUACAAGUGGCUACGGGGAGGGAUAGAGUUCAUCGAUGUUGUGCCAAAGUCGCCGAGUGGCAAGAUCUUGCGACGGUUGAUGAGGGAUCAAGAGAAGGCGAAGAUGAAGAAGCAAGGCGCAAAGCUUUGA